AAAUCCAACUACGAUGUAUGUGUCUUAAUCACACAGCCCCACAGCCCCAUUCCACAACACCUGUCCAACUCUCUCAGUCGGGACGGCAUGGAUGCCCAUUUGCUCAUUUAUCACAUCUGAUUUACAGCAGAUCAUCAAUCUUGCUGAUUCGCCCAGUUCAGUCAUUUUAGGGCACAAUAUUAUCUUUCUGCCUGAGUUCUCCUCUGAUAGCAGCCAAGAGGGAGCAGAUAGUAUCUGGCGUGUCCUGUCCAGGGCACGGGCGGUACAAUCCCUCCUGGCACAAGAGCUUGCUGGGAUGUGGCCAGUUGACAUGGAGGCCUUUACUCAGAACCAUUCCAACUUAGCCAGGCAAAUAUUUUUCCAGGCUUGUGAGCAGAGCGGCGUUAACACUAUUCAGACCCCAGUGUUUGAGACUGAAUGAGUGAUGGGUGAUUAAAUAGUUUUUUUGUUUGAAUGAGCCAGAGGGGAAGAGGGCAGCGAAAAACACUUUACCUCAUAACUGGAGACUGAUCAGCGGCUGACAUAAGGUUUCUGGAUGGGGCAUAUAAAUACAGGGCCAAAGUAGAACAUGCAGCAGGUCCACUAUCAAUUCCAGGCACUUCGCUGAGAUACUAUGGACAUUUCUAUACAUCAUCCCUGGUACCGCCGACCCUUAUUCCCAGGCUUCUUCCCUUCUUCCCAUCGAAUUUAUGACCAGUAUUUUGGAGAGCACGUACCCGACAGCGACCUAUUUUCACCUUUCUACACCAUGCUUUACUAUCGUCCUUAUUUCUGGCGCUUUCCAAACUGGUGGGAGAGUGGCAUGUCAGAGGUGAGAAUGGACAGAGAUCGCUCUGCAAUCAGCCUGGAUGUGAAGCACUUCUCUCCAGACGAACUGACUGUCAAGCUCAAUGAUGAUUUUAUUGAGAUUCAUGGGAAACAUGAUGAACGGCAGAAUGAGUAUGGCAUUGUGGCAAAGGAGUUUUACCGGAAGUUUAAGAUCCCAGCCGGUGUAGAUCCAGAGUCCAUCACCUCCUUUCUGUCCUCUGAUGGCUUUCUGAGCAUCUGCACAUCUCGCCGCGUGCUGGACAUCAGCUGUGAAGAGAAGCCUCCAGCACAGAAGUAAACCCGUCAAUAGCUGCACCUCUCUUCUCCAAACAAACCCAGCAGCUUCACCACGACUGAACAAAAACCAAAACAAGAGAACCAAAACAAAGUUAUAAAACCAAAACCAUAUUUGUCCAUAGUCAACAAAACAGUGCUUUAGGCCUGUAAAUGCAGGUUGUUGUAGGAGUUGGGUUUGGUUUGUUAUAUUUAUGGCCUACAGUUGGACAAUGUAUGUAAUUAUGUGGCUGACUUGGAUGAUGAUUGUAACUUUGGCUUUUGAGAGGAAGCAGAAUUGAAAUGGGAUGUUGUGCAGCAUCUGAAUUCAAUAAAUCCCCAGCUCAAAAUACUCAUGAAUGCUGGUAUAAAUGAGCUCAUCUGUGAUAUCUCAGCACAUGUUGAGCAUCUGAAUGUAAAGUUUGCUACACUUAUGAAUCUGUUUGAUACUGGGGUCUAAACUAGCAGACUAAGUUGAAUGUGUUUUGCUGAAUGUUGUUGCACUUAAUGGACAGUAAUAAAAAUGACUUUGUAAAUUAUGACUAAUCGCAGUGUCAGGGUGUAGACAUCAAUUAUGUAAAACAGACAAAUGUGAAGAAAAACAUCCUGAGUUUGGAUUGCUGAUGACAAGGGUGUAGUUACUGACAUAAUACCCCCUUUUUCCCUCUACUGUCAUUCAAUGUGCUUUAUAUUUUAUUUUCCAUACCUUAAAGUGACGUGAUACAACUAACAACUGUGAUGGCUGUAGCUAA